CUUGGAUUUCGAGUUCAGCCUAGCCAGGUAGAGCGACUACUAGCCUUGCCUUGUCUCUGCUCAAAAUCGACAUGCGUGGUAUUUUCGCCGUGGUGCUUCUGAGCACUUGUGCUCUGGGCUUCCCGCAAUCGAGUCGGCUUGCGCCCAUCGAACCAAAAGCCACUGCUCCAGCCUGCACUACCAUUGCGACGGCUUCGGAUGCAUACACGCAGGUGUCUGUCCCAGCAGGAGGCUGCGUGUCCAUCAGCGAUAUCGGCACUCGCCGCCGCUUGGUCGUCACUCCCAAGGCCCUCGUUCCAUGUGGUUGGGUCUUCACUUCCACUGAUGGCUCGAAGCUUUCCAUGACGUGCUCAACCUUCAACUUGGCUACUGGAGAAGACUUCCUUGUCACUGAAAAACUCGAGUCUGCGAAUAGAUACACGUACGCGGGCAGGACUGGUCCCUCGAACACGAACUACGCAUCGUCUCGGUUGGCUGUAGCCUUCAGGUACAACCAACCUAGCAGCUCUGGCGUCUUCAACUGCAACGUCUGUUCGCGUUCUUCUGCUACCACAGCCGCCGUCACCACGACCACCACCAAACCUACCACUACCACCAAGCCCGCGACCAGCUCUACCGGAACAAACUCAACAUGCCGGUGCGGAAUCGCUAACCGUGGAGUAUCCCGAAUCGUCGGUGGCGUUGCAACUGAAGUGAACGAAUACCCGUGGCAGGUCGGGCUCAUCGCCCCAGCGCAACCUGGUACACAGCGUCAGGUCUUCUGCGGUGGUACUCUCAUCUGCGACAGAUACAUCAUCACUGCUGCUCACUGCGUUAAAGGUGAGACUACAUCGAGCUUCGACGUCAUGCUGGGCGCCCACUCUACCCUCAAUGACGCAGCCAGUGCAAUCAUCAGAGAUCCGGUCAAGAUCACCAUGCACCCUAGCUACGGCACUCCUUCCAUGGACAACGACCUGGCCAUCAUCGAGAUCAAGCCUCUGAACUUCUCAGACCCAGCGGUGCAAGUGCGCCCAGUGUGUCUUCCCGACAGCAACACAACCUACGUCGGCACCAACGCUACCGUCUCUGGCUGGGGCACUCUCACGUCAGGUGGCAAUCAACCUGCGGUGCUGCACGAAGUGACAAUCCCAGUGGUGAGCAACGCUGACUGCCGUGCUGUGUACGGUGCUACCAUCACCAGCAACAUGCUGUGCGCCGGCACUGCUGCGGGCAACAAGGACUCAUGUCAGGGAGAUUCCGGUGGCCCCCUGAUUGCCCCCGACGGCGCGAACUACGAGCUCAUCGGCGUCGUGUCCUUCGGCGCAGGCUGCGGCGACCCUGGCGUGCCAGGCGUCUACGCCCGAGUCACAGCCUACCAAGACUGGAUCGCUAAGAACACUCCUGGCUGCAACACCUGCCCUCGCUAAGCCUGGCAUGGUCUUGCUGAGUCAUCGUCUGUUCCGGACCAUUGCAAUUAUUUCUUCAACUGGCAACUUGAUUGAGCUCCCAACUUCCCACCUGUUCUGACUUUUAUUUCGUUUCGUUUUAAUUUCUCAUGAGAAUUUUAUUUCAUUAACCUUUUCUGUGAAUUGGUAAAAUUUCUUUACGAAUAAAUUCUGCAAUAAGCGAA